AUGCCAAGGGAAUUGUAUGUCACCACCCUCCUCAUUAGGCAUCAUCAUGUAGCUGAGCAGCAUCAAGGUCGGGGAAUGACCAUGAACAGCAUACGUCAAGAGGGAGUAUGGAUCAUCGGAUGUCGCCGGGCUGUGGCCAGUUACAUCGACAAAUGUGUGCUGUGCCGCAGGCUCAGAGGAUCAACCAACAAGCAGAAGAUGGGAGACCUGCCCAAGGACCGAUUGCAAACAGCCCCUGCGUUCACCUACUGUGGGGUUGAUGUUUUUGGUCCUUUCUACAUCACUGAGCCAAGGAAACGAGAGCUGAAGAGGUACGGAGUAAUAUUUACGUGCUUGGCCAUGAGGGCGGUCCAGAUUGAGACUGUUAACACCAUGUCUACCGACUCCUUCAUCAUGGCGCUCCGCAGAUUCAUUGCAGUCAGGGGAAGCAUAAAAAUCUUUAGAUAUGACUGUGGAAGUAACUUUGUUGGCUGUGAACGUGAGCUCAAGGAUGCCUGGGACGAGGUUGACCUGGACGCCGCAGGAAAAUUCCUCCUGAAAGAAAAUGGGGAUUUUACCUUCGAAAUGAACGUACCCAGCGCUAGCCACCAAGGCGGCGUGUGGGAGCGCCAAAUCAAGACUACCCGGAGCAUCUUGAAUACGAUGCUGUUCUCACAUGGCAAGCAGCUUGACGAUGAAAGUCUCAGGACAUUCCUCUACGAAGUGGCAGCGAUAAUAAAUGGCCGCCCUCUGACAGUCGAAAAUCUCGACGACGCUACGAGUUUGGUGCCAUUGACACCAAACAUGUUACUAACAAUGAAAUCCAGGGUCAUCGUCUCACCCCCUGGAAACUUGCCUGUCCAGGAUCUCAUGCUCAGGAAAUACUGGCGUCAAGUACAGCAACUGGCAGACCAGUUUUGGCACAGGUGGCGCAAGGAGUAUGUACAAAACCUCCAAAUCAGGCAGAAGUGGAUUCGCCCAAAACGCAAUCUGGAGAAGGGCGAUGUUGUACUUGUACGCGACGAAAACCUACCGAGGAACGUGUGGAAGCUGGCACGAAUCCAGGAAAGGUACACAGGAGACGACAAUCUGGUUCGAAAGGUCAAGGUCAAGGUUGGAAAUCGCUCACCGGACAACAAAGUACGUCGAUUGACCUGUCUCGAAAGGCCAAUACACGAGCUCGUCCUGGUAAAGGAAGCCGAAGACGUUAAGCAGCAGUAA